AGGCCCCCCUGCCGGCGGCGGGUCCCGGCCGUACGCCCCUAUGGCAGGCAAGGCCGGCAGGACUGGAGACCGGGCCCCGGUCGGCAUAGCCCUCAGGGCCCGGCCCAGCAAACCAGACAGGCGGCAGGACCGGCGGCCCACCACGCCGCCGAGGAAGCCGCCCAAGCGCCCCCCCGGCGCGGGCGGCGGCGCAGAGCCCGCUGCGCCGCAGGCGGAGCUGGCCGCGCCCAAGGCCGAGGACGUCGGGUCGACCGAGGCGGCGCACGGGCCGGCCGCGCCGCCCGCGGCAGCGGCCGGCGCCCGGGCGCACUCCCGGCAGCAGCUGAGCUGGCUGAACGACCCCCCCGGCGUGCUCGAGCUGAAGGCUCAGCUCAACGAGAUGGGCGUCGCCAUCCCCGUGGGCGUCUCCGAGAAGCCGGAGCUGGAGCAGCUGCUGCUGCGGGAGAAGGAGCGCCGCUGGGCCGCGUCCCGGGCGCCGCCGGAACCGCCGGCCGCCCCAUCCCCAGACCCCCGACGUCAUGAUUUCCUCACGACGUCGACCCC